AUGCCUCCACCUCAUCCUCUACGACGAAUAUCAACAGGUUCACUCACCUCGUUAGCUAGAUCGACAGAUCGAAAUACCUCAUCUUCGUCAGGGCUGGAUCACCUGACAGGAGCGAUGGUGGAUCUUUCAGAUGAAGUGGCUACUUUGUCUUCGAAUAUACAACGGAUGACAGCAUUACACAAUGCAUUGGGAACAUUCAACGAAGCUUUUGCUGGAUAUCUGUACGCCUUGAAGAUGAACGCUUUCUGUGUAGAAUGGCCUCAGGCACCCAACGAACAAAGUUUCUCCAGGAUCGAAUCACUAGAUGUUCAAGAACCUUCAUUAACCCAACCAUCAUCUUUGAUGGUUCCUCCCACGCCCGUCUCUGCUCCUUCUCGAACAUCAUCCUCUGCUCUCAAUCCAGCAGAUAUGACUUACGCCACCGCAUAUUCAACGUCAAUGGAUGAUGAUCAUCCUCCUGCUGCUACUGCUGGUGGUAACAGACCCAAAGCUGGACCCGUCCCAGGAGUCAGAAAACCCUCAGGAGGUCUGAUAGCUAAGAAAGGAAACACCGUGGCUGCCGCGAAGAAGAAGAGGGAGUUGGAGAUAUCAUCUAUAAUAGAUAGCUUACCCUUGGAAUACAGAGGUGGUGAACCCGCUGAAAGGAUACGCAUGGAAAAAGUUAUUUCGAAAUUGAUGGAUAAUCCAGGAGGUAUACCACUCAAAGAAAUGGUUUUCCCACCUGAUUUACCUCAAGCAAAGGUCAACAAAUGCCUGAUAACGUUGGUUUCUAAGAAAAUGGUCGCUAAACCUACUGUCAAUAAAGUAACAAUGUACAAAUGGGUCGGAGCGUAG